AGUGCUGAGGAGCCAGAGUCACCACCGGGUUGCCAGACGCUGGAAUGGGUGGUCUCCCGACACACACCACCAUCUUUCUUGCGCCUGGGAAGCUCGGGACGAGGUGGCUCCCAGAGGCUGCGGCAGCUCUGGCCAGGCUGGAAUAGGCAAGCCAAGAGGCUGAAAAUCUGAAGAAUGUUUCCAAAGGGUAAUUUGGCUGUCACUUGCUGGGUAUGGAGGAGCAUGAGGAAGUUAUUUCUAUUCCUUUUUCUCUUGCUGUUCCAUGCAGCUCAUUUGGAAGGCAGAAAGGAUAAUCAGUUCAUCUGGAAACCAGGCCCGUGGGGCAGGUGUGCCGGAGACUGCGGAGCUGGAGGAGUCCAGACGCGUGCGCUGUGGUGCUUCCACUUCGACGGCUGGACAAGUCACCUCUCUAACUGUGAUGAGAGCAGCAGGCCUCCAAAGGAAAGAAGCUGUUUCCGAGUCUGUGACUGGCACCGCGACCUCUUCCACUGGGAGGUUUCCGACUGGCACCACUGCGCGCUUGCUCCGGCCACCCCGGGCCACGCGGGGCCGCGGACUGCGGAGUGCGUGACGGCGCAGCACGGGCUGCAGCACCGCACUGGGCGCUGUGUUCAGAGGUGGAACGGAACCGUGGUUGCGAAUGAAAUAUGUGAACACUUUGCCCCCCAGCCCCCCACGGAACAAGCUUGCCUGAUUCCUUGUCCCCGGGAUUGUGUUGUAUCUGAGUUCUCACAGUGGUCCACGUGUAGCAAGGGCUGUGGGAAGCAGCUGCAGCACAGAACUCGCGUGGCCAUUGCGCCCCCUCUCUAUGGAGGUUCUCAGUGUCCCAAUCUGACUGAGUCAAGAAUCUGUGACGCCCCCAUUUCCUGUCCACUCGGGGAAGAGGAAUAUACUUUUAGCCUUAAAGUUGGACCGUGGAGUAAAUGUAGACUGCCUCAUCUUAAAGAAGUUAACCUAAACGGAAGACCUGUUCUGGAUUUGAGCUCUGAUUCCAAGGAGCGCGUCACCUCCAGGCAUCAGAGUUACAAGCCACAUCACCAUGCCAAGCCCUGGGACAUAGAGAUCGGCUAUCAAACCCGGCAGGUUUGGUGUACAAGAAGUGAUGGGAAAAAUGCGAUGUUAAGCCUUUGCACGAGAGACUCCUUCCCUUUGACCGUCCAGUCCUGCGUCAUGCCGAAAGACUGUGAGACUUCCCAGUGGUCCUCCUGGGGUCCCUGCUCCAAGACGUGUCGCUCAGGGAGCCUGUCACCAGGGUUCAGGAGCAGGAGCCGGAACGUGAAGCACGUUGCUGUUGGAGGAGGAAAGGGGUGCCCUGAACUCCUGGAGAAGCAGGCCUGCAUCGCGGAAGGAGGACUCCUGCAGCCUUGUCCCAGGUAUUCCUGGAGGACUUCUGAGUGGAAAGAAUGCCAAGUGUCUCUCCUUCUGGAGCAGCAGGACCCCCACUGGCAUGAGUCGGGACCCGUGUGUGGCGGUGGGAUCCAGACCCGGGAGGUGUACUGUGCCCAGAGCACGCCAGCGUCCACCGCACAGAGGACCAAGGAAGUGUUUAGACCUGUGGACAAGACGUUGUGUUUGGGCCCUGCCCCUGCAGCCUCUCAGCUCUGCAGCACCCCUUGCUCUACAGACUGUGUAGUAUCUUCCUGGUCAGCCUGGGGCCUGUGCAUCCAUGAACACUGCCACGAUCCCCAGGGGAGGAAAGGAUUCAGAAUGAGACAGCGCCAGGUCCUCAUGGAAUCCAUGGGACCUGCAGGACACUGCCCUCAUUUGGUCGAAUCCGUUCCCUGUGACGAUCCGAUGUGUUACCGAUGGCUGACCUCUGAAGGGAUCUGUAUCCCCGAUCACGGAAAGUGUGGCCUGGGACAUCGCAUCCUGAAGGCCGUCUGCCAGAACGACCGCGGAGAAGAUGUAUCAGGGACUCUCUGCCCAGCAGCUCCUCCUCCUGAGCGGAUGGCUUGUGAAAUUCCCUGCAGGAUGGAUUGUGUGGUGAGCGAGUGGACAGAGUGGUCAUCUUGCUCCCAGUCUUGUUCAAACAAAAACUCGGAUGGGAAACAGACCAGGUCAAGGACUAUCCUGGCAUUGGCUGGAGAAGGUGGAAAACCAUGCCCCCCUAGUCAGGCCCUCCAAGAAUAUCGAUCAUGCAAUGACCAUUCCUGUAUGCAGCUCUAUUGGGAGACAUCGCCUUGGGGCCCCUGCUCUGAAGACACACUGAUCACUGCCCUCAAUGCAACCAUUGGAUGGAAUGGAGAAGCUACAUGUGGUGUGGGCAUUCAGACACGAAAGGUGUUUUGUGUCAAGAGUCACGUGGGACAAGUGAUGACCAAAAGAUGUCCAGAUUCCACUCGGCCAGAAACAAUGCGCCCUUGUCACCUCCCGUGCAAAAAAGACUGUGUUGUGACCGCGUUCAGUGAGUGGACGCCCUGCCCGAGGCUGUGCAAAUCAGGAAAUGCCACAACAAGACAGUCUCGAUACAGGAUCAUCAACCAGGAGGCAGCCAAUGGAGGUCGAGAGUGCCCAGAUACCUUAUUUGAAGAGCGAGAGUGUGAAGAGGUCUCAUUGUGCCCUAUAUAUCGGUGGAGGCCUCAGAAGUGGAGCCCCUGUGUCUUGGUGCCAGAGUCUGUCAGGCAGGGAAUAAUGAGCACCAGUGAAGCCUGUGGAAAAGGGGUGCAAACGAGAGCUGUCUCAUGCAUCUCUGAUGACAACGAGUCAGCAGAAAUGGCCGAGUGCCUCAAGCAGGCAAAUAGCAUGCCUCCCCUUGUGCAAGAAUGCACCGUCCCUUGUCGGGACGACUGCACCUUCACUGCUUGGUCCAAGUUUACGCCCUGCUCCACAAAUUGUGAAACAACCCGAAGCAGACGGCGACAGCUCACAGGAAAAAGCCGGAAGAAGGAGAAAUGCCAGGAUGCUGACAUUUACCCGCUAGUGGAAACAGAACCCUGUCCUUGUGAUGUGUUUACAUCUCAACCUUAUGGAAAUUGGUCCGAUUGCAUUCUCCCUGAAAGCAGAAGGGACCCUCAGCGAGGACUGCGGGUGCAAGGGGACAGCAAGCAGUGUGGACAGGGCGUGCGCCUUCAAGCGCGAGCUUGCUCCGACAAAAGUGGAAGGCCUGUGGACCCCUCCCUCUGCGGCAGCUCUGGUUAUAUUCAAGAAGACUGUGUCAUCCCCUGCCCAUUUGAUUGCAAGCUAAGCGAUUGGUCCAGCUGGGGGUCUUGCAGUUCCUCCUGUGGGAUUGGGGUGAGAAUUCGAUCCAAAUGGCUAAAAGAAAAACCUUACAAUGGAGGUCGCCCAUGUCCUAAACUGGAUCUCAAGAAUCAGGUGCACGAAGCAGUCCCAUGUUACAGUGAGUGCAAUCAGUAUUCCUGGGUUGUAGAACACUGGUCUCCAUGCAGAAUCCACAGUGAGCUGAGGUCCCUGCGCUGUGGAGGAGGAACGCAGUCUAGGAAAGUCAGAUGUGUGAACACCGCUGUUGGUGAAGCCGGAGCAGUGAACACCAGCCUCUGCGACCAGGAUGGAAUACCCCCGGAAACCCAACCCUGCUCUCUCCUCUGUCCCAGUGAAUGUGUCAUGUCCACAUGGGGACCAUGGAGCCAGUGCCCACAGUCAUGUGAUCCCCACACUAUGCAGAGGAGAACUCGCCACCUGCUGAGGCCCUCGCUGAGCUCAAGGACCUGUGCCGAAGACUCCCAGGUGCGGCCUUGUCUCCUCAAUGAAAACUGCUUCCAGUUCCAGUACAAUCUGACAGACUGGAGCACGUGCCAGCUGCACGAAAACGCGACCUGUGGGCAAGGCGUCAGGACUCGCCUCCUGAGCUGUGUGCGCAGCGACGGCAAGCGGGUCGGCGUGGACCAGUGUGAGCAGCGUAACUUGGAGAAGCCCCAGAGAAUGAGCCUUCACUGCCUGGUGGAGUGUGUGGUCAACUAUCAGCUCUCGGAGUGGACAGCUUGGACAGAGUGUUCACAGACUUGUGGCCGUGGAGGUCGAAUGAGCCGGACUCGAUUUAUCAUGCUGCCAACCCAAGGGGAAGGACGGCCAUGCCCCACAGAGCUUACCCAGCAGAAAACCUGUCCAGUGACCCCCUGCUACAGCUGGGUCCUCGGCAACUGGUCUGCAUGCAAAUUGGAGGGUGGAGACUGUGGGGAAGGAGUCCAGGUCCGCAGCCUUUCCUGUGUGGUCCACAGUGGCUCCAUCUCGGACUCCGCUGUGCGUGUGCAGGAGGCACAGUGCAAAGAUAUGCCCUUUCCCGAUGGCAUCCUGAAGCAGCUGUGCUCUGUGCCCUGCCCAGGCGACUGCCACCUAACGGAAUGGUCCGAGUGGAGCGCGUGUGAGUUAACCUGCGUCGAUGGAAGAAGCUUCGAGACAGUGGGCCGCCAAUCUAGGUCAAGGACAUUCAUAAUUCAGUCUUUUGAAAACCAAGACAGCUGCCCCCAGCAGGUUCUAGAAACACGUUCUUGUACAGGAGGCAAAUGUUAUCACUACACAUGGAAAGCAAGUCUUUGGAACAACAAUGAACGGACUGUAUGGUGCCAACGUUCAGAUGGCAUUAAUGUCACAGGAGGCUGCUCCCCUCAGGCACGCCCCGCUGCAAUUCGACAGUGUAACCCAGCCUGCAGGAAACCUUUCUCGUACUGUACACAGGGCGGAAUCUGUGGUUGUGAGAAGGGCUAUACAGAGAUAAUGAGAUCAAAUGGUUUUCUGGAUUACUGCAUGAAAGUUCCUGGCUCAGAGGAUAAGAAAGCUCAUGUGAAAAUCCUUGCUGGAAAAAACAGACCUGUGAAUUCAAAAAUACAUGAUAUUUUUAAAGGAUGGUCUCUUCAACCCCUUGAUCCAGAUGGCCGAGUAAAAAUUUGGGUUUAUGGUGUUUCAGGUGGUGGUUUCCUUAUCAUGAUUUUCCUAGUAUUUACUUCCUACCUUGUUUGCAAGAAGCCAAAACCACAUCAAAGCACACCUCCCCAACAGAAGCCUCUGACCUUAGCCUACGAUGGAGACUUAGACAUGUAAUCCGAAAAAGAAAUCCAAAUGUAGACAUCAACUGCCUUAACUGCUUUCUCUUUUGUAGCUCUCAGAAUUCUCAGUUUUUUGAGGAAUCUCACAGUGUGAUAUAUUAGGCAGAAUACAAAUACUGCAAAAGUAAUAUUGCCUCAGCUUCAUUUGGACAUGGAGUCAAGGAUUAUUUGGUCUGCCAUUUUGAUUUCCAGUUGUUUGUGGGUGUGAGUGUUUGAGUUUUUGAUUUUCCCAAGGGACCCGAAAACCCUUCUCUUCCUGUUUGGAAAUGGGAGGAAGAAUACAUGAUGGAAUUCCCAGAGACCUGAGUAAGCUUUAUCUUCUGUAGCAUGAUGACAAUCCGGAGGAAAGUCCAAUCAAGGCAUUUACUGUAAAUGACACGUCUGACACUGCAUUGUUACGCACUAUAUUAGUGCAAGUCUUUAUUCUUCCCAUCCUGCAACGCUGAGUUUUCUAGAGUUUACAUUAGUUCAAAGACUUUCAAAUUGGAUUGACUAUUUUCAUGAACACAGAGAGAAUGGGUUGCCAUUUCAGAAAUUCUCUGAGUUUUUAACCCUUAAAUAUUGUAUUUUGUUUUGUAGCCAGGGGGUGAUGGCACUUCAUGGACUAUCUCAUGAAAGAAAUGGAGUGUGUGUAAUUGAUGGGCUAGAUGAAAGCUAGCUUGUUUCUAAAUGAAAUUUGUACUAAAUGUUAGAGUGUACAAAUGAAAUAGGUGGUGAUACUGGAGAAUGAGGUAGAUCAUUUGAUUACUAAAACUGCAUUUUAACAACUUAGCAACGUAGAUAUAGAAGUAAUCACACAGUUGUAAUUCCGUUUAAUGAUGACAAACUCUGCUUUUGUAAUUUCAAUUUUCUUAUUCAAAUAUUUAUAAAUUCUUUUUUUGAAUUUAAGUAUCUGACCUCAUUUAAUAUACAUCAAAUGUCGAUCCUGUUUAUAGCAAGUCUUGCUUUUAUAAGGUUUCAAUAUCUAAAACACAUUAAAAACUGAAACCAUUUUAUGAAGAUAAUUGUUUGUAAUUGUAGAUGUUGAAAGUAAGAAGGUGCCAUCUUGUGGUAUUGACUUGUAUUUAUAACAAAUAAAGUACUCAAGAGACUG